AUGGUGCAGCCCAACAAUGACGAAGACGACUACGUCUUUCCUGAUCUUAUCGAAGUUUCCAACGACGAACGCGAUCAUCCCCUAAGUGUCAUCAAUCAUCCAGCAUCCCCAUUGUCCACAGGCUGGGCGAUACUUGGGAACUCUGACAGCUCCUCCGAUGCCACACAUAAGCCCAAAGAUGUGAAAGGCUCACCCGACCGGUCUCUCCCAGCUCUUUCCAACCGCACCUUGCCCCCUGAAUUGGAGAACUGGCUGCGUCCCCCAUUGUCUGCCACGAUCCCAAGACCACGCCCUGCCCUCAUGUUCCAGGAGGCACUCCAUCAAUCCAAGCCCGCGUCCUCAGCUUCCCAAUCUUUCCACUCGGCGGCUCAGAAGCUGAUUGACUGGGAAGGUCGCCUAGCUCGAACCUUUAGCGGCGAGAGCACGAACUUUCUAGAAGCCGGCUCCUCGCGAAGAACCCCUCAGCAAGAUGGCUUGAAUCCGACUGGAGAUCUUCGUGAACAGGUUCUGCGCUCCAACCGUGUCUCCAAGCAGGGCAAAGCUUUGGCUAACGAGCAAUACUAUCGACAGCUUCUCCGAUCCCGUUCCGUCCGAUCUAACUACCGCGUGCGCGACCUCAGAGAACAUGCCGGCAAGGUACCGGAGCCCGAAUGGCGCUGGUGCGGCUUCCCGGGUUGCGACAAUGGUGCCUGUCGAUACGAUUUCCUUCAGCCAUGGGGGACCGGAUACAUCACAGCCCCUCUUGAUUCAGGAAGAGACUGUGACAUUCUGAAAGAACUUCUUGACGCCUUUGGUUCUCAGAAAUGGAACUAUAUGGCGGAACCCCACAGCCGGGUCUCGUUUGCAACAUCUCCUCCUGUCAUGAGUGCCGUUGGCCAGUUUCUCAUUCGCUUCAACCAUCUGCACAGUGCCCCUACGGGAUGGGAUAGGGAUGACUAUCAAGCUGCAGUGAUGUAUUUCACCGACAUGCGCACCAAGCACUUCUCCGUAUUGCGUCCGCCCAAUAUCGAGAAGCUUCACAACGAGAUGGAUAGUGCAGUCUCGCGUUCGAACCCUGCUGUGCCUCCCUGGCGUCUCAUUCUUCAGUUCAUCAUGCGGCUCGAGGCAUGGAGACAGCAUCAGAUCAAGCAAGGAUAUCCAUGGGACUGGCCUUUGCACGAUGCUCUUGAUAUGUAUCGAACCAUUCUCGAGACCUAUGGGCUAUCCAACGACAAGGGGUUCUCGACUCUGAAGACCGCGGUACAGGCAGAGCAGGACAAGGCUUGGGUGCUCUGGUGGGAUCGUCACCGUCCCUGGACUAGCUCUCAACCAUCACCUCAAACACCCAGCGAAGGCUCUCGUCUGAAGCAGAAGAUCCGGAGAAAAGAUCCCAAGAUGGCGUCUUCCUGCCUCCAGGAAUUUCCUCGCGCCUCAGGCUCAGGCGACAGCAUCCCAGCAAGGAAGGAACCCGAAUCAUUCUGCUGCCAGCUCGCUACUUCCACUCCCAUCACUCGCCCAGAAGAAUUCGUCAAUCUCCUCGACCUCAUCGUCAAUCAAUCCAAGGGGAACCAUCCUGCCGCUGGGUUCGUCUUCGCAUUUCUCAACUUCUCGAAGAGCAACUGCCUGUUUCCCCUGGCCUGCCUCGUCCACUUCUUUGAGGUAUUCCUCCCUCAACCCAUCAUCACUUACCUCACGAGCGAUUCUUGCCUCAGUGCCGCAAAGAGCAUUAAUACCAUUCUCAUGGAGGCUGAGGUGUCAGAGCAGGGCCUCUACAAGAAUGCGAAGCGUAGCUGCUUCCCAUCCACCGGCCGAAAUCAUUUCCUCCGCCUGAUGAACGCGUCUGGACCUACCCCCAAGGGUGAAAAGAGCGCAGCCGGUGCCAUUCGCAGAGGCCUUCCCGAACUUGACUACAUUCUCUUCCAAGAAGAUCUUCCUUCCUAUUUCGAGCGUUCCAAGCGUUACGACAGCUUGCCCGGCAACCCGGUCAACUAUCUCUUCUCAGCUCUGCCGCAAAUCCAGGAAGAUGACGCAGGCUUCAAGGGAAGCAACAAGUCUGCAGAUUACAAUCGUCGGUUCGCCCUUGCCCUCUGGCCCUAUGCCAACUCCAGCAUCGAGGAUAUCAUCGCCAAGUCUGAGGACAAGGCUGCCUCUGACUUGUGGUGGGCCGCGCGUUUCGCCUUCUCUCUUUGGGAUAAGUCCGACUUGUCUAUCCGGUGCUCCUUCACCCAGCUUCUUGGCGAAAUCGCUUUGUACCACAACUCUGAGAUUGUCGACAAUCCUGCCCCUGUCAAGCCAAACCACCUUUGCGAAGCUGUCGAUGGAGGUCCCUGUCCCGGAGAGGGAUACGUUCAGAAGCACAAGUGGCUAAAGUAUGCGCGCUGGAUUCAUCGUGGAAGAAAGGACGAGGAUGCCGACAUCAAGGUCCGUCUAGGAGGCAAGUGUGACUUGAAAGAGCUCUUGAGCAUCGAGAAAUGUGUCACCUGCGGUCACGAGCGCCAGAUCUCUCGCUGUGGCGCGAAGAAGCCUAUGCACCACUGCAGCGGCUGCUACGUUGAGUGGUUUCCGCACCUUCGCCGAACUUACUGCGGCCCGAAGUGCCAGAAGAAGGACUGGAAGACGCACAUUGAGGAGUGUCAGCGUCACAAGCACUUCAUCCGAGCUGUCUGGAUUCUAAAGGGCAUCGCGGACAAGUUCAUGGCUGCGACGUUCUCGGGUCAGGCCGUUGAUAUCUCCCCGAUCGAGGUCCGUGAUAACAAGACCAAGGCGCUCGACCUCAACGGCGUCUCUCGCUUCGCCGUCACCCCGGCUGCGUGUGCUGUUGGACCCUGGGUGGGUGAGCAGGUGUUCCCUCUCGGCAAGUCGUACUUGGCGGACAAGAGCCACGAGGACCGCGCGAGAGCGCUGGCUUGGGAUGCCGGCGACAAUCUCUACUACCACCUUCAGGCCAUCGUUCGUCAAAUCAUUACCCCGCUCUGUGAUGACGUGGUUGAGAUGCAGAUGUUUCUACGCAAUGCCAACAGCAUCACCUCUCUUGCCGCUGAUCGAUGCCGCGAAGGCCCCGCCAUCCACACUUCCAAGGGCAAGGACCCGAUGUUCUGGCCUCAUCCCGUUCUCAAUUGCCGACUCAAGGGAAGUGACGACUUGUUCAUUAUCGACCUUCUUGGUGCCAAGUUCGGCUUCAACGAGAUCCUCCUCCCGGGCGAGGUAUGGGUCAAGUCAAGACUUGCGUACUGCGUUGGCUCGACGGUUCUCACGAACAUGACGCCUCACUGGUUUCCCCGCGAGCAGCAAGGUCUCGUUUCGUGCCGUGACGAGGUUGCCUACACUUGGAGAUCAUGCAUCAAGACAUACAUCGCCGCCAAGUGGCCCAACGUCCCCGGGCCCUUUGCCUUGUCGCAUCUCAAGGAGCAGUUGUUCAGGGAGAGGACUUACAUGUUCAUGGUCCACUCGGACGACAUCUUGAGGGAGGCCACCAACCGUCUGCGCGAGGAGCGACUCUUCCGGCAGUACCUUGUCCAUGACCCAAAUCCGUACUCUCACGAGUUUACCAUUGGUGUCACCAAUUGUCAGAAGGAGUGCGAUGUCUACGAGAAGAUCUGGAUGGAUCGGCGCGUAUUCGACGUCAUCGUCAAGGAUGAGCUCAGCGAGCAAAACCAGCUGCUACCCGCGGGGUCCGAGACCAUCCGCCUCAUCGCACUUUGGGUCGACCGCUUAAUCAAGCACGGUCAGAAGGUCAAGUUUGACUCAGUCGGGCUCCUUGGCCCUCGCAUGGCCAAGCACUAUAACAUCUGCACCACGCACUCGUUGGACGAGCUUCGCGAGAUUUCCAUGCCCUGGCUCCUGUGGCAUGGCAUCUCCAAGGACUCAUCCCAAAAGUUCUUCGAGCAGUGCAAGGGCAUCGUCACCGACUACAUCAAUUCGAGUGCGGCGACGCCUGAUCAGCUACUUAGUAAAAUGACGUCGUCCGACGGCCUCGCCAAGUACCUGCAGACCUUGUCAAUGGAGGAUGCGCAAGAAUUCUUGGAGAUCGGAUCAAUGAUCAAGUCUCCUCAUAACUCUGCAUCAAUCAAGCAGCUGCGAAAGGAGCUUGAGGAGCGGGCCGAUGAGAGAAAGUGA